UUUUAUAUACUUGAUGUUUUAUCAAAUAUGUCAAUACAGACUGCAAACUAGUUUUUGGGAUGCUUCAAGGAAAGCUACUUCCUUAAGGCAGAUGUUGUGAAGCUUGAUUUCUGGAUUUAGUUUCUGGAAGUAAUCCUCAUUUGACUGGACACUUACUUGAUUGCUACAAUGGAUCAAAACAACAGUUUACCACCCUAUGCUCAGGGCUUAGCAUCCCCACAGAGUGCAAUGACUCCAGGCAUCCCUAUUUUUAGUCCUAUGAUGCCCUACGGCACUGGGCUCACACCCCAACCUGCUCAGAGUACCAACAGUUUAUCUAUCCUGGAAGAACAACAGAGGCAGCAGCAGCAGCAGCAAGCAGCAGCACAGCAGUCCACUUCACAACCGACACAAGCACCAUCUGGUCAAACCCCUCAGCUCUUCCACUCACAGACUCUCACGACUGCUCCUUUACCAGGAACCACGCCUCUCUACCCCUCUCCAAUGACUCCCAUGACUCCUAUAACGCCUGCCACCCCUGCUUCCGAAAGCUCCGGGAUUGUACCGCAGCUCCAGAAUAUUGUGUCUACAGUAAAUCUUGGUUGCAAACUUGACCUAAAAACCAUUGCCCUUCGUGCUCGUAAUGCUGAAUACAAUCCCAAGCGUUUUGCUGCUGUAAUUAUGAGAAUACGAGAGCCACGUACCACAGCCCUCAUAUUCAGCUCUGGAAAAAUGGUGUGCACGGGAGCUAAAAGUGAAGAGCAGUCCAGGCUGGCUGCGAGAAAGUAUGCUAGAGUUGUACAGAAGUUGGGCUUUCCUGCAAAAUUCUUGGAUUUUAAAAUUCAAAAUAUGGUUGGCAGUUGUGAUGUAAAAUUCCCUAUCAGACUUGAGGGAUUGGUUCUUACACAUCAACAGUUUAGCAGUUAUGAACCAGAAUUGUUUCCUGGUUUAAUCUACAGAAUGAUCAAACCAAGAAUUGUACUACUCAUAUUUGUUUCUGGAAAGGUAGUUUUAACUGGUGCAAAAGUCAGAGGUGAAAUUUAUGAAGCAUUUGAAAAUAUUUAUCCUAUUUUAAAAGGAUUCAGAAAAACAACGUAACAGUUCCGUGUGCUUAUUCAUGAAGCUGGAGUACAUUUUUAAAGGUAUUAAUUAUGGCACAGUAAUAACACACACAUCAGGACUUGGAAUUCAUCUUCCCAGAUAGUGCCUCUUUCCCUGUUUUUCACGGGAAGGGAACAUAUCACUGUGCGUUUCGUCUGCACUAAGUUACUGUGCAUUGCUUUUCCGUGUUCUCACACAAGAAAAACAGUUUAUUUAUAUUUCUGGCUCUUAAAACGGCUAAUUUUUAAAAUCUGAGAGUCUUAUGCUGGCAAGCUGGCUAAACUGUAUUAUCCAACAUUUAAAAACCCGGCGUUACAGUAUUCUUUCAACCAUGGAUUUUAUAAUCAGAAAUGUUAAUUUUAUGCUUUUAGACCUACUUCCACAUUCCCUACAUUUCCAGUGUUCAGCAGGACAGAAACUUUGCUAGUGAAGACAAAUGGCUGUACAUAUUUCUCAUUUUGUGAAGCAAUUCUAAAUGUAUAAUUACUUGACUAAAUAAUUUGAAUAGUAAAAUUUGUGGUCAAUCUUUGCUUUUGCUGUUUUAAUGUGCUAACUGCAUGCAUAUAGCUAAAAUAACUUGAUUUUUAUAAGAUUUUUAUUAACAAUCCCAGUAUUAAAGUAAUGUUAUUUGAAAUGUU